UCCUACUACCUCACCUCGUUCAAAUACCUAAUAACUAUGUAGAUGUAGCUCAGGCUCCGUGGUGUUGUGCUGUGCUGUAUGUAACUUCUUGGUGCUCUUAGCAGAAAUUGAUUUAAAUCUUAACUAAUGUGCAAGUUGUAUAGAAGAAGGCCAUGAACUUUUAACUACGAUGUUAUAGACGAUUCAAAACGCACGUCAAACAAAAUGAAACCUGGGGAAACAUGGAACUGUGUGGCUCAGUGCCCUUGGCAGGGUCAGUGCCAUUAAAUAAAGAAACUAACAUAUAAACACUACGUGUUAAUGUGUGACUGUCCCCGAGAAGUGAAUGUCACAAGGAUCCAGAAAAUAGCUGUGAGAUGCUUUUCGUCAGAUCGGAAGAGCAGCGACCUGGCUUCUUCUGAAUUCCAGGCUACAGAGCAAUGGGAUAUCACGGGUCCACGUCAGAUGCAGUUCAGGUAGCAGUGGGAGACUUCGGACGUUGGCAGGCCGGUAUUAGCCUCCUGAUGGCGUUCCUGAAGCUGCCAAUAGCCUGGUUUCAGCUCAGCAUCAUUGUCCUGGAGACGCACACCGACUUCUGGUGUGCCAGACCCCAUUCAUAUGCUAACUUGUCUGUAGACGAAUGGAGGAAUUUCAGUCAUCCUCGUCUGAGAAACGGUGGUUAUGACGCCUGUAGGAUAUACAACCUCAACUACACAAACGAUGAUGUGCGAGAUGCAUCCGAAAGGCGGGAUACUGUCGAGUGCCAGAGCUGGGAAUACAACAGAGAAGUGUUCAAGGAAAACAUUGUAACAGAGUGGAACCUCGUGUGCAGUCGUUCCGUGAUGGUGGACAUAGCCCAAGCGACAUUCAUGUUAGGAGUUCUGCUAGGCAACGUUUUGUUUGGCAUCGCUGCUGACAGAAUUGGUCGCAAAGUGCCUCUUAUUUUCGCGAUAGGAUUACAGGCGGCCGCUGGCGUGUUGUCUGCUUACUCACCCUGGUUCAGCGGUUUCCUAGUGGCUCGCUUCUUUAUGGCUGUGGCUACUGGAGGAACAAUGAUAAUCAGCUUUGUUCUAGUCAUGGAAAUUGUCGGAAACAAAUGGCGCACAACAAUAGCAAUUUUAUACCAAAUUCCAUUUUCGUUAGGAAUUUGUCUAAUGGCUGGGGUUUCCUAUCUCCAGAGAGACUGGCGGGAUUUUCAGUUCACGCUCUCUGCAAUAUCGGCCGUGUUCCUUGUAUAUUGGUGGUUUAUCCCGGAGUCCCCGAGGUGGCUGAUGGCCGUGGGCAGAGACAUGGAAGCCCUCCGAAUCUUCGAAAGUGCAGCCAGAUGGAACAAUCGUGACGUGACAGCAGUCAAGGAAGCUGUUCAGAGAACCAGGUCUGAGCGGGAAGAUUUCGGCGGCGACCGCAAGGCGACCUUGGCCGACCUAAUGCGCACACCGAACCUUCGUCGGAACUCCUUGUCUCUCUUCUUCAGCUGGUUUAUGGCAGGUCUCAGCUUCUUUGGCUUCUCACAGACUCUGAGCAAGGUUGGCGGGAACGUCUUUGUUACCACAGUCAUAGCAGGUAUUAUAGGCGUGCCUGGGACAUUGGCAUGCAUUUACGUGGUUCGCUUCGGGCGAAAGAAAAGCAUCUGCACCUCCCACAUUGUCACUGCUGUCUCAUGUCUCCUGCUCAUAGCUGUCCCUACAGGUAUGUUUCCCGGAGACUGGCCACGUGUGCUACUAUCGGCGAUUGCUCUUACUGGGAUGUGUCUGACCUUCCCAGCCCUUUAUGUUUUCUCCGGGGAACUAUUUCCUACUGUGGUCCGAAACGUCGGACUAGGUUCAGCAUCUAUGUUCAGUCGUUUCGGGUCUAUACUUGCUCCGUUUAUCAAGUCUUUGGGCUAUUUUGGAAAUUUCUGGCCGCCUCUGAUCUUUGGUUGCUGUUCUCUGGUUGGAGCUGCUGUGAUUUAUUUCCUUCCAGAAACAAAAAACUGCAGACUUCCAGACACACUGGAAGAUGGAGAACAAUUUGGGAGAAAAUGUAUCCAAGAUAAGGAAAAUAGAAACUACAUCCAAGUAUCACAGCAGCAACGCUGAAACUUUUGGAGUUUUGGACCUCUAUUGCUGAUUGUUCUCAUGGUGAGAAUGUUGCAGUCGAAAUAUUUAAGUUGUAUUAAAUCUUACACAUAGAAUUAUUGUGCUUGUUCAACCGAAUUACACUUUAUGUAUUACUUUAGAUUUCUAAGAUGUGUCACAUUUUAUGUGAUUUUAAAAUUACCGGGAAAUUUGCUACAAAUAUCAUACAAUAAUCUAGCGUAACACUUGUUGAGCACUCGGUGGCAGGUAUCCCUCAUUUAUUAUACAAACUUCCCGAAAGUUUAACGUCUCCUACUUUCUCCCAUAUUCCUUUCUAGUCCUAGAUGUUACGGAAUGUUGCGUCAAAGCCAAAGUUCACCGCUAUCUCCCACGAUUAACACGCACAAAUAACCAAUCAUAAACUGUCUUCCCUACACAGUACACUACAUUUCACAUCUCAACUUCAAAAUGUUAUCAGUAACCACAGAACAGACACGAUACAUUAAACCAAAACUCUUCUCACUCGAUCAUAACCCGCAUAACUUACGUUCAUGAAUUUUAUAAUAACUGGAAGUACGUUUUUGUAGUAACCAGAAAUUGCGUAAUGUCAACGACAAAUCUCUCGCUUACUGACAUUUAUAUAUGUAAUAUCAUUAUGUUCUGAACUAAAGGCUCACGUUCGGUUAAAAAUUGUAUUAUUAUAAAAUUCAAUUUGUUUUUCUUUAAGAAAAUCUGAACGAUACACGACUUAGUUAUUGAUAUUUUUAAAAAAGUUAAAUCUUAGACAUACGAUUCUGAUGGAAAAGAAGUCACUGUUGAACUGUUUUAUGGAAACAAUUAUCGUAGUUUGAAGCCACAGAUAUAAUGUAAUAU